GGACUUCCUCACACAGCUCCCACCAGGGCGUUGCACAAAUGACCGCAGGCAGCCAACCGCCCGUCUAACCCGCCCAGGCAGCCAAACAGCCUGGCAAGGACCCAAAACAUUCAAAAAUGUGAUUGAUCUUUUGCAUAUAAUGCAGGAGGCCGUCUGAUCGGUACCAGUCUCUUCCCUUUUUCUUCCGCGCCCCUCCCCCCUCCACAAAGGGCCUGUCUGAUCAUGAAAAAAACAUUGCCACCAGCCCAAACCUCCCACACACAUCCCAAUCAACAUCCACAAUGGCCUACGUCCCGCCCGCGCUCCGCAAGAAAGCGCAAGCCUCGUCGCCCGAUGGGCCGCCCGGCACGACAGCAGAGGCCGCAGGGUCUCGCGAGAACCUCCCACCCGGCAGCACGGCCCCCUGGCCGGCCGCAGAGCCUCUCUUCUCACAGGGCGACAUCUCCAGCCACUACUGGGACCCGCAGGACGAGGGCAAGCGCCUGGCCGAGUCGCCGAAGGGCACCCUCAACGCGUCCGCACAGGAGCCCGACAGGCUCAAGUACGUCAUGCUCUUCCGUGACGCCAACCCCCGCUGGGAGUCGCACGGGGUCAUCUUUGUCAAGUCGAAGCUGCACAUCCUGCCCGGCGGCGAGAGGUUCAGGGAGGAGCAGCUGGACGGGCCCGGUGGCCCCCCUGCGGCUGCGGGAGAGCCGGUCGGGUCGGGGCGGGGGAGAGGGGACAGGACCCAUGAGAGCGGAAACCCGACAGGAGGAGCAGGUGCUCUCGCUGAUGAGGUGCCCGGUGAGAAAUCACCUGUCGAGGAGGCCCAGGCCAGCGAUGAGUCGCAGACCCCCACGCAUGAGCAUCUCGGAAUAGACAAGCAAGACCAUGGCCGAAGUACAGGACCGUCAGAGGAUGCCGUCAAGAAACAACGCCCAGCCAACAACAACAAGACCAAAAACAACAAGGACCCCAGCCCAGAGCCCGAGCCCCCAUACUCCCCCGACCUAACCCUCUACCCCCUCGACCCCAUCGCCGUCUUCGAGCAGGCCCAGGGCGGCCACGGCCGGUUCCGCUUCGCAGGCUACCACCGGAUCGCCAGCCUCGAGUACCUGCCGCCCCACAGCCGCGAGCUCAUCCAGCUGCUCGAUCAGAAGUGGACCACGACGGACCGGCGGGGCCGCGUCAGGCAGGCGCAGCGGAGCGCCGAGUCCUGGAAGGGCAGCCUGCGGCACCGGUGGGCCGUCAUCCAGAUGGAGAGGGACCACGAGGCGGACGGCAGGCUUGGCCCGCCGGGGGUCGAGGUGCGGCCUGAGGCGGGCGGUGCUUCCUCCGGGAAGAGCGUGAGGGAACUGCUGGCGGAGAUGAGGCUGAAGGGCUGAGGGGUGUUGGUAUGUGUGUACUGCUAGUUCAAGGUUGUGAAGAUAGUAAUGUUACCGCUUCUACUUGUG